ACUUUGUCAAAUUGUGCUAAAUUGAACGGAGAGAAUGCCGGAAGGAAAUAAAAUCGACUUGUCAGGGGACGGCGGCGUGCUCAAGGAGAUCCUGGAGGAGGGCAAGGGCACAGAGACACCGCACACCGGAUGCACUGUGUCCCUGCACUACACGGGUCGCCUGGUCGACGGCACUGAAUUUGAUUCCAGCGUCGGCCGCAAUGAGCCCUUCGAAUUUCCGCUCGGCAAAGGCAAUGUUAUCAAGGCCUUUGAUAUGGGGGUGGCCACCAUGAAAAUCGGCGAACGCUGCUUCCUCACAUGUGCUCCCAAUUACGCUUACGGAGCUGCCGGCAGCCCGCCCGCCAUUCCUCCGGAUGCUACUCUGAUCUUUGAGCUGGAGAUGCUGGGCUGGAAGGGCGAGGAUCUGAGUCCCAAUCAGGACGGCAGCAUUGACCGCACCAUUUUGGAGGCCAGCGAUAAGAAGCGCACUCCCAGCGAUGGUGCCUUCGUCAAGGCUCACAUUUCUGGUGCUUUCGAGGGCCGCGUAUUUGAGGAUCGCGAUGUGGAGUUUGACUACGGCGAGGGCAAGGCCAUCGGCAUUAUCGAGGGCGUUGAGAUUGCCCUGGAGAAGAUGAACAUAGGCGAGACUUCCAGAAUCAAAAUUCAAGCCAAGUAUGCAUUUGGAGCAGAGGGCAACGAGGAGUUUAAGAUCCCGCCCAAUUCCACCGUGGAGUACACAGUGAAGCUCGUCGACUGCGGCAAAGGACUGGAGGAGUGGAAGUUAAGCGAUGAGGAGCGCUUGGCGGAGGCCAAGGUCUAUAAGGAGAAGGGUACCAACUACUUCAAGAAGGAGAACUGGGCCCUGGCCAUCAAGAUGUACACCAAGUGCAAGAAUCUGCUGCCAAACACGGCUGAUACCAACGAGGAGGUAAAGAAGGUCAAGGUAGCCACGCACAGCAACAUUGCUUUGUGCCACCAGAAGUCCGACGAUCAUUUCGAGGCCAAGCAGGAGUGUAAUGAGGUUUUGGCUUUGGAUCAGAACAAUGUGAAGGCUCUUUAUCGUCGUGGUCAAUGCAACUUGACCAUCAACGAGCUGGACGAUGCUCUGGAGGAUUUCCAAAAGGUCAUCCAAUUGGAGCCCGGCAACAAGGCGGCUGCCAAUCAAGUGAUCAUCUGCAAGCAGAAGCUCAAGGAGAGCAAGGACAAGGAGAAGAAGCUCUACGCCAACAUGUUCACCAAACUGGCUGCCAACGACAAAGAGACCGAACCGCCGCGAGAAACCGACGUGCUGAGCAAGUGCGGCGAGUGGUCUGAAGAGGAUGCCAAGCGCGAAGCAGAGUUGACGUUAGAGCGCGACAAUAUAAUCAUGAUCUAAGCAAGAUCGUCUAGUGCUUUAAGUAAUAUUCCCUAGGGUUUAUAAUCCCACAUCGAAAAUCCACUAAUGUAAUGAACAAAUGGUCUUAAUGCUUAUUAUAUGAAAUAAAUAAACGCUUUGAGAGCUGCA